UACAUUUCCAGUCCACACGUCAACAUCUCACAUGAUUUAGAUUGAAUCCAUUUUGGUUUCCUGUUGAAAGUAUGAAGCGUUGUUAUUAAUAUACUUGGAUACUGCGAUACCAUGGCUCUUAAGAAAGUAAAGGGCACUCUAGAGCGAGUGUUGGACAAAAAUCUCCAAGAUUUAGUCCGAGGCAUUCGCAACCACAAAGAGAAUGAGGGAAAGUACAUUGCAGAGUGUAUUGAUGAGAUAAAACAAGAGUUAAGACAGGAGAACCAAGCUGUUAAAGCCAAUGCAGUCAACAAGCUUUUAUAUCUCCAAAUGCUGGGCUAUGACAUCAGCUGGGCUGCCUUCCACAUCAUUGAAGUCAUGAGUUCAACCAAAUUUACCUUCAAGAGGAUUGGGUAUUUAGCUGCUGCACAGAGUUUCCACGAUAGUACAGAUGUUCUUAUGCUGACCACCAACAUGAUCCGAAAGGACCUGAGCAGUCAGAACAUGUAUGAUGCUGGGGUAGCACUGACCGGACUGGCUUGUUUUGUCACUGCAGAUCUCGCCAGAGAUCUGGCCAAUGACAUUAUGACUCUUAUGACAUCCACACGUCCUUACUUAAGAAAGAAAGCUGUACUUAUAAUGUAUAAGGUGUUUCUGCAAUUCCCCGAGGCAUUAAGACCUGCAUUCCCAAGGCUUAAAGAAAAAUUGGAGGAUCCAGACACAGGUGUACAGUCUGCUGCAGUGAAUGUAAUUUGUGAGUUGGCCAGGAAAAACCCACAAAACUACCUCUCUCUGGCCCCUCUCUUCUUCAAGCUGAUGACCAGUUCUUCAAACAACUGGGUCCUCAUUAAAAUCAUCAAACUGUUUAGUGCAUUAACUCCACUGGAGCCCAGACUAGGGAAAAAACUUAUAGAGCCAUUAACCAAUUUAAUCCAUAGCACCUCAGCCAUGUCUCUUCUGUAUGAGUGCAUCAAUACAGUUAUAGCAGUACUCAUUUCUAUAUCUUCAGGCAUCCCCAAUCACACCGCCUCAAUUCAGCUCUGCGUACAGAAAUUAAGGAUUUUGAUAGAAGACUCUGAUCAAAAUUUGAAAUAUCUUGGACUUUUGGCCAUGUCAAAGAUUUUGGCCACUCACCCAAAGAGUGUCCAAUCCCACAAAGAUUUGAUUCUGCAAUGCUUGGAUGACAAGGAUGAAUCCAUCAGACUGCGGGCCCUUGACCUGAUUUAUGGAAUGGUUUCUAAGAAGAACCUAAUGGAGAUUGCAAAGAAGUUGAUGGUGCACAUGGAUAAAGCUGAAGGAACCCACUACAGGGAUGAACUACUGGCCAAGAUAGUGGAGAUCUCCAGUCAGUCCAACUACCAGUACAUCACUAACUUUGAAUGGUAUGUCAGUGUGUUAGUUGAGUUGACAAGAAUGGAGGGAACUAGACACGGUCGAAUGAUCGCCUCACAGAUGUUGGAUGUAGCCAUCAGGGUGCAGGCAAUAAGACCAUUUGCUGUGUCACAGAUGGCCUUGUUGCUGGAGAAUUCACAUAUCCUAGCCAAUAACUCUCAGAGGAAUGGAAUAUGUGAAGUCUUGUAUGCAGCAGCAUGGAUCUGUGGAGAGUUUUCUCAGCACUUGAAAAAUCCAAGGGAGGCAUUAGAAGCAAUGUUGAAACCCAAGAUAACAACACUUCCUGGACACAUACAGAGUGUGUUUGUACAGAACAUUAUGAAGUUGUUUGGCAGUAUUCUGAAGUCUGCGGAGGAGAGCGAGGACCAGGAAACCAUGAAGGAGCUUUGUCAGCUGUUGACCAACAAGCUGCCCAUAUUCAUACAGAGUGCUGAUCUAGAGGUCCAAGAAAGGGCCUGUUGCAUGCUACAGUUAGUAAAGUAUGUUCAGAAGCUGAUAGAGAAGGAUGCCAAAGUUGGAGAUGAAGUGUCUAGCUUGUUUGCUGGAGAUUUAAAUCCUGUGGCACCUAAAGCUCAGCGUAAAGUGCCUGUUCCUGAAGGAUUGGACUUGGACAAGUGGAUUAAUGAGCCAUUGUCAGAGAGUUCAUCAGAGGAGGAGCCCACUACUUCCAUCUUUGCCAUCAAUCAUGAUGAUUCCAAGUCUUUCUAUAAGGAGGAGAAAAAGAAUGUUCCAGAGCUUACAGAGGAAGAACUAGAAAAGAGAAGAGAACAGAGGAAGAUGGAGCAAAUGCAUAAUCCACACUAUUUAAGAAUGGAAAACAAACCAAAGAAAUCUGCUGCUGUUGAAGAAGCAGAAGAAAGUCCUGUGAUGCAGAUUGACCUAACUGUUCCUCUCCAUGUACCAGGACUAGCAUCAUCAGACAAAUAUCUGAAGCUGGCCUCACAAGACCGUGAGAAAUCGAGGAAGAAGACUAAGCAUGGUAAAACCAAAAAAAAGAAGAAAGGACAGCCAGUGGUAGAGUCGGAUGAGGAUGUUCCUGUUCAACACACAGUCAGCACACUGGUGGACAUGCCCGAGGGUGCCAAUACAUCUGACAAAGAGGAUGACAGAAAGACAUCUGAUCCUUUCAAACGUCUGGAUAUGGACCUGGACAAGCCUUUAAGAGAUGACGAGGUUUUGCCUGUCCGAACACACAGAAUAGUCUUGGAAUCGGGAGAUAUGGCGGAUGUGGAAGGUGAAGAGGUCAAACCAAAGAAAAAACACAAGAAGGUGAAGGACAAGGAAGACAAAAAGAAACAUCGUAAAGACGGGAAAGAGAAGAAGUCUAAAAAGAAGCAGAAAAGUGAAGAAGCAUCAGGUUCCGCUUCCAACCUUCUCAUGGAGGAUGAUGGCUCCCCAGAGCACGCCCCCAUUGCCAACGGUCUUCCACAGUCUCCUGAACAAGGAAAAACAGAGCAAGAAAAGGACAAUGAUUUAGAUUUCUGGAUGAAUAAUGAUUCUACAUCAGCUGCUAAAUCCACAGAAGUUGAAAUAAAAACUCCUGAAGUGAAUGUAGAGUAUGCAAAUGUGUCAAGUGAGGAGGACAGCCAAAAGGAAAAGAAAACAAGGAAAAAGAAAGAGAAGAAGACUAAAAAAGAAAAGAAAAGUAAAAAGGACAAGAAGUUAUUGAGAGCUGACUAUGAGGAGGCUGAAGGAAUCACUACUCCCUCUAAGGAACAGGUGCCCCCUUCUCAGGCGGAAACACCUGUGGCAGUUCAGCUUCCACCUAUGUCAUCAUAUGUAACCUUAGGGGAAAAUAAUUCCAUAAAAAUGACUUGUGACAUCCGAGCUAGUCACCAGAGAGGAGACCAGGUCAUUGUCUCUGUAGUCUUUUCCAAUCUUACUGACCAUACCAUCAAGGAUUUAGAAUUUAAUGUCAUGGACACCAUGAACUUAAAGUUAAUAAGAUCUAUGGGUAGUUCUCAUCAUGAUGCCAUCAAAGUUCCCUUUAUACUGCUGCCCAGUGCUCAAAAUGAGGGACAAUUUGCCUUUAACAUUCAAGAGAUUAAAGUUCCCCAAAAACUGAAAGGAACACUGACAUAUAUUGUUAAGAUGGAUGAAGGAUCCACUCAUGAAAAAAUAGAUUUUAAAUUGACCUUUCCAUGUAGCUCUUUCCUAGUCGCAACACCAUGUAAAGGAUCUAAUUUCACUUCCCUCCUGGAGAGUGGAGAUCUCACAGAAAAAUCUUCUAUACAGUUCACACCGCAGGAUUCUGAAUUCCCAGUCGUUCUAGCUAAAGUCUGCUUCUAUCAUCAUUUUAGAGUUGUGGAGCAAGUUGAAAAGAGCGCCUCUGUGUAUAGUAAAUCCAUGCAAGGUCAUCAUAUAUGUCUUCUUGUCAAAAUGGUUAAUGAUAGUAUAAAAAUUGAUGGCAAGAGUACAGAUGGGAGUUUAUUAUCUAAUGUGCUUGAUGAAAUAAAAACGAUGCUAGUUUAGCCUGAUUUUACUUGAAAGAGUCAGAUGUCACAAAGGUUUUAUAACUGUUGUCUGGGUAACCAGCUGACUGAUGGAUAACAUUGACUGUGUCUGUGAUGUAUACCAGGGAACAGAUUCUUCAUUAUUCCACUGUUCUCAUUCUUCGUUAUCUUUCUAAGUCGUGAUGAUGUAAUGUUUCAAAAUAAUUAAGUUCAUGUUAAUUAUGAGUGUUUAACAUUGUUUGGAGUUUCAGUGUAGAGAUGAUACAUCAGUUAUUACACAAUGCAUGCUAUUCUACCACCUUUUAUUAGUAUCCCCAAGAUGGGGGAUGUGUGGAUAUUAUAUAUGGCAUAGCUACAUGUAUAUUUUGGUUGUGCUAUCUGAUCAAAUACAUCAUUUACUUUUGUAAAUUAAACUCUUACAUUUUAAAGUAAAAUUUUUCCAGUACUUUAAUAGCUUAUUGUGAACAAUAAUAAAUCUUCAGUGAAGAAUUUUAACAUUAGAGCCAUUUGUUCACAAGCUUAAGUAACCUUAUUCGUAAGUAUCAUUGAGUAGAAAAUAAAACUAUGGGGAAGGAGGUAACUUGAAUGCAUUUACCAAUUUUGUUCAGAAUGUGUGUAGUGGGUAAAUAACCAGUAAUAAGGCAAAUGUGUUCUUGCUGAACGUUUGAUGCACAUCUGUGAAAUGUUUUGCUGCAGAGCAAUGCUGUAUGAAGUCCUGUAGCUUUAGAGGUCCUCCCACAUACAGCAUCACUGUCCCCAGUCAUACAGUGUUCUUUUCUCUACAAUUUAGGGUACUCUAGUUUACUACAAUGUGUAAGUACAUGCACAUUUAGUUACAACAGACUGCAGCAUGUUUAAGAUCAUUUUAUUAAAUUAGCAAUUUUCUCUUGUGUACUUGGCAGCAUCGAAGUCUAAAAAGUACAAUUCUUAAAAAUGAAAAUGCAUUGUUUGGAAAUUUUUCAUGCAUUCUUUUAUUUUGUAGUUGUUAAAUUUCUGUUUGUAAAAGAAUAUGAAGCUACACAGAUUUUCUGAUGUCUCAUAAAUAGCUUAAGUUUUUUUUUAAAGAAAAGAUCUAUAUAUUAUUACAUGUAAUUUAUAUGUAUAUUGUAGCUUCUUAUGUCACUAGCCAAAAUUCUUUUGUUCAAAUGAUACAACAUAAAACAAAUAUUCCCAGUAUUACUUUGAGUUAAGCAGUGCUAUAGUACAUGAAUGUGGACAAUGUUUGCUGCCAUUAUACAUGUACUUAUUAUUAGGUUGUUACUGUGCAAUAUUUGUUCUUAUACCAACAUAAUAUGUCUACUGGAAGAUACAUGUCACGUAUGCAAAUCAUGUGUCUGUUUAUUUAAUUAAUAAAGUGAAUGGAGAUGAACCA